GUGCUGCCAUAAGUGAGAGGUAACUACGGCAAUGUAAAAAUAGACAGUGCAGCACACCUCAUUGACUUAACACAACCAUACCCUGUAGCCUGAGAGCGAGCGUGUCAGACAGACAGCCUCUGUCGUUAAGGACGGCUGGAAUAUGGAACCAGGUUGUCUCAUUGAACAUGUCGGUCUGGUGCUGUUAUUUCUGGCCUUGCUGAUCUCUUUGUGUCUCAAUGUCAUCCUCUGCAUCAGAGGAAGAGCCUCUUUGUGCGGAGACAAAGAUGACUGCUGCUCCCCACACAUUUAUGAAGGAGAAGGCCCGUCACAGGAUGAAGGUAAUUAUUUUCAUCACCUCAAUCUUCGCGAUCAGCAGGAAAAUCCCCACGAUCACCGCGAGCUACAGGAAAAUCCAAUCUAUGGCAACAUCAGCUCGGACAGAGGAGAUGUUUGCUAUGAAAUGAUGACCGUGCAACACACGAGAGACCGUUUGAAGUCUUUGGAGGGCGAGGUGAAUUAUGCCUCGCUGGAUCUGAAGAUGGCGAAGAAACGCAAGAGGAAGCAUCGGCACCAGCGAGACCAGGCUCAGCUGACGGUUCACCCCGCAGCCCCCGUGAGCGCGUUCCUGGAAGUGGAGGGAGACACGGACGCCCACCUCCCCCCCCGGGACACCAGCACCAUGGUCUCGCACAGCAGCAUCUACCUGAACAGCCAACAGAUAGCCCGGGAGACGGAGGAGAUGGAAAGAGAGAGAGAGAGCGUGAACGAGGAGAGGGAGGCCGCGGGAUGGGAAGAGGACGGGGGAGCCAGAGAACGGAAAGGAGGGCAGGAGAGUGCGGGAGGACAAGACAGAGAAGGUGUCGGCAACGGGACCGCGUGUUCGCUGCUCGCAGACAUUCAAGCUGUCCAGAGUGGCUCAGAUCAUUUCAUCAGCAGCUUCUGUCACGCCAGGGACCAACAGGAUUAGGGCCCGCGUCCGGUUGACACACGUGGUUUUAAACUGCCCUAAAAUGAAUUCGAACAAAUUCCAAUAAAAAAAAAAGGCUGCGUCUACAAGAGUGGAAACCACGUCAUCCGCAGUAUUCAGUGAGCCUUGACACAGUUGAGCAAUUUCCUCUUUGACACAAACAAGCAGCCUCUCGAUUUCUCCACACUGAGCAACCGACGGGCAAAAGGACUGCGUGUCUGUGCGGAGGAUGUGAUCGGUGAAGAGGAAAUAUGCGCGCGUGACAUUUAGAGCUCAAGGGGCCUCGUGGAAAAUUUUCAAGUUUGUUUUGCAGAUCACAAGGAAAACAUCAGAUCCUCACAAAGAAAGGACAAGGGAGAGGAGUCACUGUCGCGAUGUCUCACGGCAACCGAUGUCUCAGAGAAAGAGGUGUGAAGGGGGGAAAACAAAAAACCCAAACUCUUACAUUGUUUUUCCACAUACUGCAGGCGAUGGCCAAGCCUCAGUCAAGAGAGAGUGUUUUACUGAAUGAAUGUGCUCGUUAUGACUCAAAUUAAUAUGACGAUAAAGAUGAAAGGGCAAUAAAGUAAAAAAAAAAACCUUAAUAAGUCACUUCACUUUCCGUGUGGGCAUUUUGUUAUGUAGCCGAAAGUGUCACCCGCAGAGGAUUCUCCCGCAUCAAACCUUUGAUAAUGGUUAUUAUCUUUGUAACCUAUUGCACUUGAGAGCUAAUGGGCCAUCUGCUGAGAUGAUCACGUUCCCGUCUAUGUGCAUCCUCCUCACCCGGGGAAGGAUAAUUCACUGCCGAGGGAGCGGCGCUCCGAAGUGAACUCGGCAGUCACCGGCCUGCAGCACACUAAGUGUUUGUUGACAGUUUUCCAAUAGCUGACUGCGGCCUACUUCCCCUCGAUGGAUUCAUUUUUCGUGCCUCGGGAGCUUUGGGUCUUGCUGUUACAGACAUACGGAAGGAAGCCACAUGAAGAACAGGGCACCAUUAGAUUCGAUUCGAUUUAGGUAGAAAUCUCUCUCUAUAGGUGACAUUUUACACUGUAUCGGCCAAUCAGCUGGACUGCACAGGAUGUUUUUUUUUGAGUUUGGAAUGACUCGGUCCGUAGCGUGUCCGUCUCCCGUACACGAGGCUGCAGGUUCGAGCCCCGACCAGCGCAAUCCAUAAAUUAAACGACAAUCAAUCUCUCCCAGACACCGCUUGCCGCCCCCUCGAGGCCGAUUGGUGCCUCUGCAUUGGGGGCUACACUGCAGCCGGUGUGACUAAACGUUUUGGAGCAACAACACCGACACAGUUCCCACGUGAAGACCGAGGGAUGUGAUUGGUCGUUGGUUGUGUUGACCGGUGUGUUUCCGUGUUUUUCAGCCGAACGAGCGCAGCACAAAUUCCAGCCCGAGACAUUCACUGGUCUCAAAAUCAAUCUCCCCUUAAGAUGGUGUCGUCCAGUGGACAAAACUCAAGAAGUCAGAUGUACACAUGGUUUCUUUGUGCACUCGUAGGCACGUACUGAAAAGUAUUUGAUGUUGAGGAAGUGGUGCUAAUUCGGUCAAAAGUCAACGCUGCAGCGAAAAAUAAAAGUUUUUGCCUUCACCGCCUUUGGUCAACCAUAAAUGCACCCUUCCAUCUCUCAAGAUGUAAAGUAUGAACAGAAGGAAUUAUUAUUAUGACAGAGAGCAGUGCCUAUUUCAGUGUUUAUAUGUUCAUUUUCCUGAUUCAAUAUAUUUGGUUGUAUUUGUGUUUUUUCUUUUUAUCCAAAAGUUAUUUAUGAUAAAAUGUAUGGCUACACACUAAAACAUCAA